AUGCCCGAAGCAAGGGAAAAACUGGCAGCAGAGACAGCUAGUGGCGAUUCUGAGCGAGAAUUUGUCAACGACGAUUAUACGGUGGGCUGGAUUUGCGCAAUAACAAUCGAGCAUGUUGCUGCAUGCGUUUUUCUUGACGAAAAACAUGAGCCGCCGGAUCAUGUGUCCACGAAUGACGACAACGAUUAUAUUCUGGGUAGGAUUGGAAGGCAUAAUAUUGUUAUUGCGGUCUUGCCCUAUGGAGAAUACGGUCUCUCCUCGGCGGCAAGCGUAGCGAGAGAUAUGCUACAUACCUUUCCGAACAUCAGAAUUGGUCUCAUGGUGGGCAUUGGAGGGGGCGCUCCAACUGAAAAGCACGACAUUCGCUUAAGAGACGUGGUAGUCAGCGUUUCCCGCGAUGGAAAGGGGAGUGUAUUUCAGUACGACUUUGAGGAUACCAUCCGAAAUGAGACCUUUCAACAAUCAGGUUUUCUUAACCAAGCGCCAACAAUCUUAAGGACGACUAUCAGCGGGCUUGAGAGCCAAUACGAAAUAGAAGAGCAUCAAAUCCAGGAAACAAUUAACAGCAUUUUCAACAAAAAGCCACAUUUGAGAAAAAAGUACAAUCGACCAAACCCUGCUACACAUAGGCUAUACCGAAGCAACAUCAUUCACCCUCUCGCCGAAGAUAUAAAUUGCAGCACUCAUUGUGGCGAGGGCGCACCGAAUUUGAUAGUACGCUCCAGACGGGACGGCAACGAGGAUGAUCCAAUGAUCCACUACGGCUUAAUCGCUUCUUCAAACCAACUUAUGAGAAAUGCCGACAUUAGAGAUAAGCUGGCUGCUGAAAGGGACAUAUUAUGCUUUGAAACGGAAGCAGCCGGCUUAAUGAACCAUUUCCCCUGCCUAGUCAUUCGCGGCAUUUGUGACUAUGCCGAUACGCAUUCGAAUGCAGAAUGGAGAGGCUACGCAGCAAUGGCGGCAGCCGCGUACGCGAAAGAUUUGCUCUAUCGGAUUCCUCCAAAUCGAGUUGAAGCCUUGCAAAGAAUGAAUAGUUUUUCCAGUAUAUCAGAAGGAAUAUCUGGUCUUCUCCAGGCGCAGAAAAGAGAACAUCACGAUGAGAUUCUCAAUUGGCUUUCUUCAACAAAUUAUGCAAUCCAGCAGCAUGACUAUUUCAGAAAUCGGCAGCCAGGAACGGGGCAAUGGCUCAUAGACUCGAACCAGUACCAGGCGUGGCUCAACACUCCGGGGGAAGUAUUGCUUUGCCAGGGAAUUCCAGGAGCCGGAAAGACUAUCUUGAGAGAAGAACAUGCUGAAGCCUUGCUGCAGAAUCUCUUGAGACAGUUGGCGCAGAAAAGGCCCUCCCUGCCAGCUUGUGUGGGUACCCUCUAUAAGCAGGGCAUUCGAGGAAUCCCACCUUCAUUGGAGGCACUAUCACAAGCUCUGCAAACUGUGGCAAAAGAUUUUUCGAAGAUCUUCAUAAUUAUUGAUGCGCUUGAUGAUCUCCGUACUAAAUCGGCGGUAAAUAUAUUCGCAACUUCCAGGCCCGAUACGGAGAUCGCGGACAGCUCCGUGCGCGGAAUGUUUCUUCUUGCCAAGCUCCAUCUAAACGCAUUGACGGGAGAAUUCACAACGAAAGAUAUCAGAAAUGCCCUUGACAAGUUAUCGGUUGGUUUAGAAGCAUACGACGACGCAUACAAAAACAUGAUGACACGGAUCGAUAGUCAACACCCACAGAGAAAAGAGCUAGCGAGGAGAGCUCUGUCGUGGAUUGUGCAUGCAAAGAGGCCCCUUUCCACAACGGAGCUCCAGCAUGCCCUCGCAGUAGAGUAUUGGCGCCACGAACUUGACAACCGAAAUUUUACCAGCAUUGAAGACAUUGUCUUGGUGUGUGCGGGCCUAGUUACUAUUAUCCAACAAUCUGAUCAACAAUCUGACCAAUAUUCCAAUCAAUCAUCUGGUCAACAAUCUGGCAUCGUUCGACUCGUCCACUAUACAGCACAAGAAUACUUUGAGCGAACUCAGGCAGAAUGA